GCCUAAUGUCUGAAAGGAGUGUCGCUUUCGGUAAUCUUCGGCCGAUUGAGUGGUCAGAAGAGCGGAUGUGUUUGAAUGGAUCAGCUCUUCAGUGAUUAGUGCAUACAUUUGGCGCCAAUUCAAAGAAAUGGCGGUUUUUGUUGCAAAAAAGCCAAUCAAGUGAUCACUCGAUGCCAUCAAUGGUUUCAUUCAUUCAUAUAAUCAUCACUUGAUUUGAUUCAAUCAUAAUAUAAACAAAGGAAAAGCCAUUGAAUUGAUUGCACACCAAAUGGAGAGCCAAUCGAAGCGAAAGUUGUCUCCAAUUAGUCCACAGUUUAUGAAACCGUCGGAUGUCUUCAAAAAGCGUAAACACAGACAACUGUUUCCCUCGCCAUCCAAGAGAUCCCCACUCAAGACAAGCGUCUAUUCGCCGCUCAAAUGUCUGGAGAACUACGCGAAGCCAUCGCCACAGAAGAAGACAUUCUCGCCGUUCAGACAGAAACGAAGUCCGAAACGAAAUCAAAUCCGAAACGCGUUUCCAAUCGUGAAAAAGUCGCCGAAAGGCAAACGAAAACUCAAUUUCCAGACAAUUAGUGAUAAUUUCAAUGUCUUAAGCAUUGAUGAAAACGCGAACAUAGAGUCCGCCAAUUGUCCCCAAAAUAGGGACACAAAACAGCAUUUGAUUGAUUGGACUCUUAAGACAAAAAUACGAUUUGUUUCAAACAAAGCGUUUGGAUUUCGCGGCAGUUUUAGGGCCAGUGAAGAGUCGGCCGGAAUCAGCGGUUUUGUUCGCUGUCUCUCUAAUAGACAGUCAAGUAAUGAACCAAAUAGUGAUCAGUCAUCGCACGACUCAAUGGAUACUAGUUUUGCGUCACAAUUGCAUAAACAAUGUCUCGUUUGGUCGCAUCCAUCCCUUCCAUGGCUUACAUUAUUCCCGCGAACAGAGACUCCACGUCCGGGAACUCCGGUCGCGUCGAAAGCGCCGACAUUUUCAAUAAUGCCAAACACACCGCUCGCCGAAGCGCUUCACACCGAUUGGUGCAAAAGUGUCAAAUCGUUGUAUCAAUUACUCAAAGCCAAACACUGUCCGUAUUUCUAUGUGUGCGCCAACUCUUUCACCGCAUUGUUCAGAGCGUCAGGAGUGGCCGACUCUGACGACAUCCACGUCGUGAUGACUCCGACGACCACUGGUUUCAGAAAGUUGUUAACCGACGACGGAAUCACUUUUUCCCUUCCCUUCUGUGACAGCAAAACACUCAUUACAGAUGACAUGACUUCUGGCUUUAUUAGCCUUAACUCUGCAUCAGUUGUCACCGAAAGUGUCGAUAAUAACCAAAAAAGUACUGAAAUUCUGGGGGAGGAUAACGAAGAGCCCAACGCUUGGUUAGAAAGUUUGGGAUUAAGUCAACAGGACUUUCCGUCCCUUCAAUCUAAACGCAAAAUACGAACUCCACAGAAUUCCAUAUCGAGAAUGAAAUCAUUAGUACUGAUCAAAGGGAUGUCAAACACACAACUGUUUCUCAAUUUCUUGCUCAAUACGCGGUCGUGUAUCGCAAAUAGUGGUCCGCUUUCGGGUAUUCCUCCAACACUGUUGUCUCCGAUCGCAUUCCACGGCUCAACACUUCAAUCAUUGAAAGUAAAGCAAACGGUGGCCGAAGUGAACGGCUCUGACGAACCGCACAAUUGUCUGGAAGUGAGUGGACCUAUACUUCCAAACUGUAUGAAUGGUUUGAUAAACCUUCUGAAGGAAAGUCACGGCUCUUUCAAGGCUUCAUUCGCUUCAUAUGAGCCGACAAUGGCUUUCAGUGCCGUAAACGUGUCAAAGGAGACCAACACUACGUCCAAAGCCUUUGCCAUCGAGAACUUGAAGGACUGCGGACUCGAUAAACAGUUUCUGACAAUUGUCUGUUCGGACGACUAUAGAGCUAACGAACCGAUCGCUAAAUUAGUCGCUAAAAACUCUAUCAUUCUAUAUAAUCAACAUUUUUAA